GCUCUUGCUCUAAUGGCGCAAAAUGGUCUUUCAUGGCUUCAAAAAAAGUAAGAUUUUCAUUUUAAUUGCCUACAAAUUCUGAAUCGCGCUAUGUUCGGGGGGGAAUUUUUCAGCUUCUUCGCACCCAAUUUUCAGUCCUUCGGGUUCGAAAUUUGACCGUUUACUGGUUUUAGAAUGGUGUGAUUUCCUCUUUCUCUGACGAGGUCUCUUCCAAUUCAAGGGUCAACUCUGUUUCUUUUCCUCUGAUAUUUCUUGAUCUGUCGAUAUAGCCCCAAGGGAAAAAGAAAAUGUAUGGAACUCAAAGCAAAAUAGACCUUGCCGUCGAAUACCAAUCCCAAAUACCGAUUUUGAGGCCCAGCGUCUAUUCCAGAAGAGCGAAUCUCACUGUAAAAUUCCAAGACAUAUAUGAUUUCACGGUAGAAGGGAGUGUAGAUGAUGUCAAUGUGUUGAAUGAGGUACGAGAAAAAGUGAGGCAACAGGGAAGGGUAUGGUGGGCAUUGGAAGCCAACAAAGGUGCAAAUUGGUAUUUGAAUACUACCAUAGGCGAAGGCAGUGCCCUUAAGAGUUCCUUGAAAUUCUCUACACUUGUUAAUGCCAUCACUCUGAAGAAGUUGAUUAGGAAAGGGAUUCCCCCAAGUCUACGGCCUAAGGUGUGGUUUUCCUUGUCGGGGGCUGCCAAGAAAAAGUCCACCGUGCCUGAGAGUUAUUACGAUGAUUUGACCAAAGCAGUGGAGGGGAAGGUCACCGCCGCCACCAGACAGAUCGAUCAUGACCUGCCACGAACCUUCCCUGGUCACCCGUGGUUGGACACUACAGAAGGACAUGCUGCUCUUAGGCGUGUUCUUGUUGGCUAUUCCUUUCGUGAUUCUGAUGUUGGAUAUUGUCAGGGGUUAAAUUACGUUGCAGCAUUAUUGUUGCUUGUCAUGAAGACAGAAGAGGAUGCAUUUUGGAUGCUGGCAGUCCUAUUGGAAAAUGUCUUAGUUAAUGACUGCUACACAAACAACUUAUCAGGAUGCCAUGUUGAACAAAGAGUGUUUAAAGAUUUACUUGCUAAAAAGUGCCCAAGGAUAACGGCUCAUUUGGAAGCUUUGGAGUUUGAUGUCUCCCUAGUUGCCACUGAGUGGUUCCUUUGCCUCUUUUCGAAGAGUUUACCUUCAGAGACAACUUUGCGCGUGUGGGAUGUCAUGUUCUACGAGGGGGCAAAGAUUAUGUUUAACGUGGCUUUGGCAAUCUUUAAGAUGAAGGAAGAUGAGUUGCUUCUUACACAUCACGUUGGUGAGGUAAUUGAUAUUCUGCAGAGGACAACCCAUCAUCUAUUUGAUCCAGAUGAUUUACUGACAGUAGCAUUUGAUAAGAUAGGCUCCAUGACAACGAACACCAUAUCAAAGGAAAGGAAGAAACAAGAACCUGAAGUGAUGAAGGAACUUGAUGAGAGGUUGAGACGGUUAAAUUCAGUUCAAGUUGAAGAAAAAUAGCAAUUUCCUAGGUCUAAGUUGAUCUGAAAUAGUAAACUGUCCUAGUGCUAGCACUGUCUCUGUCUCAUGGAGGUGGAUGUUGAGUUCACGCCCUUCUAUGAAUUCGUCUGAAUGAAAGUUCCUAUCCAAGUGCAUGGAACCUGCUGUUUCAGGGGAUACUUGUAGGUGAGAAUGUAAAUGAAGAAUGGAUACAUCAUAAUCUGUUGUUAAUUUACGGCGCAGAUUUGAUCAAGAAAUCGUGGGAUUUCGUUGAUCUUCUA